AUGUCGCCACUCAUUCCAGCAAGAUCAACAGGGAUAAGGAUGAUGCUAUCAUCCCCAAGGGUAUCCCCAAGGCUGAUGUCUCCAUCUACGACAUUGGCAAACUCCUCACCACAGCCCCCAACAUCUGCUCUGGAGAAAAAAAGAAACAAUCUUGGUCAUGGAUCUCCACAUCGGAUUAAAAGGCGCAAACUUACAUCUGAGAUAUGGGAAGAUUUUGAGGCAAUAUAUGACGGUGAAACUGUGGCUGAAGCUCGAAAAGGCCUGGUCUAUAUCAUUCGAUCAUUCAUGGAUCUAGAAAUAAACUUAGAGGAGUUGACAAGGAUUACUGACAAUUUUUCUGUAGAGAAAAUAGUUGGUUGGGGUGGUUAUGGAGAAGUUUACAAGGCAGAAUACAAAGGGAAACAGAUAGCGGUGAAGUUGCUUCAUACGAGCCAAGGAAUUGGCGACAAACAGUUUUUGAAUGAAGUCAGUAACCAUAUGAAGGUCCAACAUCCCAACAUCGUACGGUUAGUUGGUUAUUGCAACCUUCAAAGGAAGAUAAUUAUUGAGCAAAACGAUGGUGAACUGCGCCAGGAGGCUGUUAACGAAGUCUUAUCAAGAAUCAAGGAGGGUUAUGCGGAGAAGUCAGAUGCAAAGGAGCACAUAGAGAGGAUGGAGAUGGCCCACAUCAAGCUAGAAGCUGCCCUUGAGACAUCCAAGAAGUGGAACGUCACCAGCGCGCCACUGCUACGCUGGCGGAGCAGCGAUUACAAGAAGAGGAAGAAGUGCAGCAAGCGUAGCGGUAACGACGACAAGCUCAGAGGAUCCACCGUUCUCCGGCGAUUCGAGCGCUUUGCAGAUGGUGCGACCGAGUUCUUGAGGCUGAGUGCAGUCAUGGAUGGCGAAAGCCAAGCUACCUCAUAUCAGAUGUUAUCGAAGUCCAAGCAUGGAAGCGCGUACCUUCGGGUUGAGAAGACCUCAUGGAGAGCAACUACUAGGAAGGACGACAAAGUUGGAAAACGCCGUAAGCAACGACAGGACAAGAAGGUUCCAGUUCAGGGAUGGACAAGUGCUCACAAUGAAUUCGUUAGCUCAUGGAUUGCGCACAUGCCUGCACAGUUGCAGGGCUCGGUCGUCGACUAUUGGAUUCACAAAGAAAAGCGAUCCACACCACCGUUUUUAUUGAAAACUAACGCCUGCGUCUAUGAUUGUGCAAUCACGAUGUUGUCUUCGCAAGAUCACAGUUAUUUGGCAAGGAAGCUCAAGAUGUCCAGCAUGUUAAACCCCUGA